AUGGCGAGAGAGAAGAAGCAGAAGCAGUACUGGCUGCUGAAAACAGAACCAGGGGAGUGGUCGUGGGAGGACCAAGCGGCCAACGGCGGUCUCUCCAAGUGGGACGGUGUGAAGAACAAGCAAGCCCAGAAAAAUCUCAAAUCCAUGUGCCUCGGCGACCUGUGCUUCUUCUACCAUUCAGGCGCCAAGGCCCGUCGCGUCGUGGGCGUCGUCUCCGUUGUCCGCGAGUGGUACCCUGACGGCGAAGACGGAAUCGCCGUCGACGUGAAAGCGGUUGGGGAAAUGAGGGCGCCAGUGGACCUGAAGGAGAUGAAGGGAGAUGGUGGGUUGAAGGAUUUUGCUCUUUUGCGGCAACCCAGGCUGUCGGUUGCGCCGGUGCCGGAGAAAGUCUGGGACAGGAUUUGCGAGUUGGGCGGUGGGUUUGGAGAUGGAGAAGAUGAAGGCGAUGAUGGGGAUUAG